GAACAUGAAUGUGAGUGAGCUAAGAUCAGGGGAAAGGGAGGCACGUUUGCACGAAGAGGGUUCAAGACCACGCCCAUGUGCACUUUUCUAACCAAUCCCUGACGUUUCUCGGACCAGCCCCGCGUUCCUGUCGGCUCUUAAUGUGUGAACGGAGAGCAGAAAGUCGUGCUGGAGAAGUAACGCGCACACACGCGCACGCACGCGCACACACCUCGACUGAGAUGAAACAACAAAAGCAAAAGGAAAGAAAAGAAAAGAAAAAAAAGGACAAGCAUUUGUGUUUGAACUUAAGUGCAAAUUAAAGAAGCUGGAGUAUAAAUGGAAGACUAAUGACUCUCUGGUGCUGGCGUGCGCAAAACUUCUCCGCUCAAAAUGUCUCCGGUGCGUGCGUUUGGAGACCUUGUGGCUUUUUCUACACUUUAAAGCGCUGUAUGCAGGUCAUUUCUUGGACAGGUCACUUCUCGGGUAGAUGAUGAACGACUCGGCAGCGUCGUGCGCCUCCGAUGAGCUCUCCAACGGCUCGUCACCCUGCGCGAACCUCUCGGUGUCCGACUACGACGCGGCGUCCUUUACGCACGUCUUCCCCGCCGUGUACGGGCUCCUGUGCUCGGUCGGAGUCCUCGCCAACGCGCUGGUGAUCUACGCCGUGGCCACGUGCAAGAAGAAGUUGGUGUCGGACGUGUACGUGCUGAACCUGGCCGUAGCGGACCUGCUCUUCUUGCUCGUCAUGCCCUUCAACAUCCACCAGCUGGUGUGGGAGCGUCAGUGGGUCUUCGGCGCGUUCAUGUGCAAAGCCGUGGUGGUGGUGGACGUAAGCAACCAGUUCACCACUGUGGGCAUCGUCACUGUGCUCUGCAUCGACAGGUACAUUGCCAUCGUCCAUCCCAUGUCUGAGAACCGCACCAUCCAGGGGACCAUCAUCAUCAACCUGGCGGUGUGGCUCGGCAGUUUCCUCCUCACCAUCCCUGUCAUGAUCUACGCCAAGGUAAUCUCCAAGAAGCACUCUAGUGUCUGCAUGAUAAACCUUGACGGUCCCCAGGACAUGUACUGGUACACCCUGUACCAAUCGACGCUGGGUUUCCUCGUGCCCCUCAUCAUCAUCAGCACCUUCUACUCGCUGACCCUGUACCAUGUAUUCCAGUCGAUGCGCCGGGUCAAACGCAAGCAGUCUCUAUGGGCCAAGAGAGCCACCAAGAUGGUUCUGAUGGUUAUUGCACUCUUCCUGCUGUGCUGGACACCGUAUCAUGUGAUCCAAGUGAUCAACCUUGGUAUCCAAGAGCCCACAUCGGCCUUCGUCUAUGCUUACAACAUCAGCAUCUGUCUGAGCUACUCGCACAGCUGCAUCAAUCCACUCAUGCUGCUGAUCUUUGCGCAGAACUAUUGUGAGCGUCUGUGUCGUCAUCGCAAAACACGCAACAUGUCCAAGACCACGGUGAAGACGGAGGGAUGCUCUAGCAUGAGUCCAGAUACCGCCCACCGCCUGACCAUCAUCUAACUCCUGCUACGUAAAUCUAGCCUACUUUGGUUUGUCUAUUUAAGGGAACCCUUUACAUCAGAACCCUACAACAUAGGAGUUUUGCUGUCAGGGAGGAUGCUAAGAAGAACCUGUUCAUAAAGCUAAGUAUGCUUCAUUUUCCAAAGAACCUUUUAAAGAACCCAUUUUUACUAAGACAGUAGUACACGUCAGUCUGCACCAAAUCAACAAACAGUGUGGAGAGUUUGAUCGAAUUUAGCACUGUUAUGCAACGCCUGUAUACUGUAACGUGUAGAAGGGUUCCCUUCUCAAGGUUUCUUUCUUAUUCCCCCUCUGGAUCUAAAUCUACAUCUGGAUUUCAGUAAAGCUACUUUGUGGCAAUGUGGCAAUUGUUAAAAGUGCUAUACAAAUCAAAUUGAACACGCCUCUAGGGAUAAAAACCCGGGUGAGGUCGGGACAUAAAGACGGAUCCACUGCCUACGUUCUUGAGAACCAAAACGAAACAUCAUUCAUUAGAUGGAAAGAGAUACAAAGCCAUUGCUCGUGAGAUGCUAGUAAGUCAUGGCAAAUAAUUGUUUGUAAAGAAAAUACAAUGUGUUUGUUGAUGUAUUCUUUUGUAUUGUAUUGUAUGUGUGUAUUGUUUUAAGCUUGACCGGGUAAUGUCUUAAUCUCAAAGUGUCCAGACAUGUUUCAAGAUGGUUGAUCUAUGCAAAGACAGUCAGAAGGGAUGACCCACAAUUCCAUACUUUGUAACUGCUAAAGGAAAAGUCCACCCUGAACGACUUGCAAUUAUUAUUUAUAAGUAACGUGUGAUCUUCAAUGGCAUCCAAGAGGUUGUCUUUUGUAUUUUAAACUUCUUUCGUUAAUAUGUCGGUCUGUUUUCAAUUUACAACCCCGAUUCCGGAAAAGUUGGGUCAGUAUGGAAAACGCUGAUAAAAACAAAGAGGAGUGAUUCGAAAAAUGUACUUUGACUUUGAUUUAAACAAACAAACAAACAAAACAAAACGUAUAAAGACAAGGUAUUUGAUGUUUUAUCUAAUCAACUGUGUAGUUUUUUUUGAAGAUGAACGUUUAUUUUGAAAUUGAUGCGUCCAACACGUUCCGAAAAAGUUGGGACGGGGUGAUUUAGGACUAAUAGCGAUGUGACAAGUUGUAAUAAGAAGGUGACGUGAAACAGGUGAGGCGAUCGUCUAAUCAUAGUAUAUAAGGAGCCUCCAAAAAAGGUCUAGUACUUCAAGAGUGAGGAUGGGGCGAGCCUCGGCAAGGAUGGGUCGAGCCUCGCCAAUCUGCUAAUAGAUGCGUCAGCGAAUAAUCCAACCCUUUGAGAACAACAUUCCCCUAAGACCAAAUCGGUAGGAUUUUGGGCAUUUCACCUUCUACAGUGCAUAAUAUAAUUCUGGCGCAUAAAGGGCGAGGCCGAAAACCACUUCUGAAUGCGUGUGAUCCCCGAUCCCUCAGACGUCACUGUCUUAAAAAUAGUCAUGAGUCUGUAAUGGAGAUCCUGACAUGGGCUUGGGAGUACUUUGGUAAACCUUUGUCAGUCGACACCAUUCGCCGCUGCAUCCACCGAUGCAAGUUAAGGCUUUACUAUGCAAAGCAGAAGCCGUACAUUAACACUGUCCAGAAGCUCCGCCCACUUCUCUGGACUCGAUCUCAUCUGAGAUGGACAGUAGCACAGUAGAAUCGUGUUUUGUGGUCCGACGAGUCGACAUUUCAAAUAGUUUUUGGACAAAACAGCCAUUGUGUUCUCCGGGUCAAAGAGGAAAAGGACCAUCCAAGCUGUUAUCAGUGUCUGUCAUGGUAUGAGGGUGUGUCAGUGUCCAUGGUAUGGGGGUGUGUCAGUGCUCUUGGCAUGGGUAACUUGCACAUCUGUGAGGGUGUAAAAUGUACACAUUUUGGAGAGACAUGUGCUGCCAUUCAGAGCAGGACAACGCCAAAACACAUUCUACCCAGAUCACAAGCACAUGGUUGUGUAAGCAGAGAGUGCGGGUAGUCCUGAUGCAGUCCUGACCUGUCUCUCAUUGAGAAUGUGUGACGCAUAAUGAAGCGCAAAAUAAGGCAACGAAGUCCCCGUACAGUUGCACAGCUGAAGAAAUACAUAAUGGAUGAAUGAGGGAAAAUUCUGCUUGCUAAACUUAACCAUCUGGUGUCUUCACUCAGCGUCCAAACGCUUAAUACGUGUUAUUAAAAGAAAAGCUGAUGUUACACAGUGGUAAACAGUUGACUGUCCCAACUUUUUUGGAGUGUGCUGCAGUCAUCAGAUUUCAAAUGGGUGAACUAGCCGAGUCCGAAUCUCUGCCGUAUUUGCGUCGUAUACUGUCGCUGCAUUGCAUCCUGGGACUUUGAAGCCAGCGUUUGCACCAACAUCACUACUUCUACGCUGGAUUUCUCUGGAAGAUGGCGAGAGAGGAAAGAAGCUCUCGUUCUUUUGUUUUUAGGACCAAACGGAGAAACCUGACAAUCGUUCUCGCAGGCAGCCGCUAACUUCAAACACGAAUGACAAAAAUACAACGACAACCAACACGUUAGCACUAGUAUCACUAAACACAUAGCGAAUAUUUCAGUAGAAACCCAUUCAGUGUAUUUUAGGGUGGAGUUUUCUUUUAUUUCAGCUCUGAGCAAAGCAUAGCUGCAGCUAUUUCUUCCAUGUUAUUAAUAUGCAAUUUGUUAAACUGUCUUUAUCAAGUUACUUAAAUGUCUUAUUCAUUCACUCAUUCAUUCAUUCAGUGCUGUGUUAAUUUGUGGGCUUGUUGUGAAUAUUGGCUUUGCACUUCAUGGCUACAGGGAAGAGAAUGGGCUAAAUGAAUUGUAACCACUGUUGAUGUUAGAGCAUUUGAAUACGAUUCGGUGCAUGGGUUACUUUCCAAAGCCUUCAACUCAGAUGUUUCUUGGUAUUUGAAAUAUGAAGAAUUUAAUAUAUAUAUAUAUAUAACAAAAAUCUUAGAUGCUACACUAAAUGCAGAACUUGGUGAGUGUGAAGUGUGACCAUCUCAUGUUUUUUUUUCUUUCUCUCUUAUAUGCUAUUAUUUUUCCUGUUCUCCACCAGAGGCACUGAAGAACAUUCCAUCUUAACGUGUUAAGCUUCAGUCACGUGUAGCCGGUGGGAUUUCAGCACCCUGAAUCGGCACAUUGUAAAGCAGUGUAAAGUUCGAACUGAGUGGUGUUGGAUGCUCUACAUGCAAGCUAUAAAACUGACUAGCACUUUGUAGAACGGCCACUUCUUUUUAAUCGUACGGAGAUUUAUCUACGCUGAAAGAAGUUAAAUAAACGUGAAGAUUUGAAAAAGGUU